AUGGCGAGGCUGGAUGGGAAGGUUGCUAUCAUCAGCGGCGGCGCGCGUGGGAUGGGAGAGUGCGAGGCCCGGCUGUUUGCGGCGGAAGGGGCCUCGGUUCUGAUUGGCGACUUGCUGGACGAUGCCGGCGAGGUGGUGGCGGCCAGUAUCGUAGCGGCCGGCGGGCGGUGCGUUUACCGGCAUCUGGAUGUUACGUCGGAAGAGGAUUGGUCGGCGGCGGUGUCGGCGGCGGUGUCGGCGUUUGGACGGCUGGAUAUUUUGGUGAACAACGCAGGGAUCGGCAGCAGUUCGCAUCGCAUCGAGGAUGAGCCGGAAGAGGCAUGGGACCGCACGAUGGAUGUGAACGCCAAGGGGGUGUUCCUGGGCACGCGGGCGGCCAUACCGGCGAUGCUGGACGUUGGCGGCGGGUCGAUUAUCAACAUCUCGUCGCAGCUAGGAAUCGUGGCAGUGCCGUAUAACGGGUCGGCCUACCAGAGUUCCAAAGGCGCGGUGCGUCUGUUCACCAAGUCAGCGGCAAUCCAAUACGCUGGCGACGGGAUUCGCGUGAAUUCGGUGCAUCCGGGGCCGGUGGUUACCGAGAUGACGCGGGCGAGUCGGGCUGACGCGGAGCGGCACGAGAUGAUGCUGGCCCGGGUUCCGAUGGGCCGGUACGGGGAGCCGGAAGAGGUUGCCUACGCCGUGUUGUACCUCGCUUCCGAUGAGUCGUCGUUCGUUACCGGCAGCGAGGUUGUGGUGGACGGAGGCUGGACGGCGCAGUGA